GGCUGGAUUAAGGGCAACAUGGCGUGGUGUUUGGGAGCUGUUUUGCCGUGCGGGGGCUGUCUCAGAGGGGAUUUUAAAGUUACCGCUGUACACGGAGAGACGUGAUAGGCUCACGCCGAGGAAGAAAGGAGCUGCUCGGACUCGGCAGCUCAGCAGUGACGCCGCAGAGCUUCACUCGACGACGGCAGCAGACUCCGGCGAGGGAAGUAGUCGAGGGGGGGCACAACGCCAGAUAAAGGAGGACCUUUUUACUUUCAGCUCCUUAUUCAUCUUAUUUAUUGUUUGCGAGAAUGUCACUUCGGCGAGCUUCACCCCCUUGACGAUGGUGAAAGAACCGGGACCGAGCCUCCAGAAGCCGAAGGGAACUUAUUGUUGUUGUGUGAUUGUUUUGGCUAUGUUGCCCCGUCCUGCGAGUCCGGGAUCGGCCGUGCAUCCUUGAACACUGUUCUUUUUUUCCUUUUUUUUUUUUUUUACCGUCAAAGAAGGAUUGUGCUUUAAAAAAGAAAAAAUUCCCCCUUCCCUUUGCAGCGAGCCGGGGAUUUAAAUCGACAUUUGCUGUGUGUUCCGCAAAGAAAGACAUUCAUGUGGCCAUUCUCUCUUUAGCCAAACAUUUUUCUCGGGGGAAAUUCGGGAAAAUGAGCAAGCAAAGACCUAAAAGGAAUAUCAUUCAGAAGAAAUACGAUGACAGCGAUGGGAUCCCGUGGUCGGAGGAGCGGCUGAUGCGAAAGGUGCUUUACCUCUCCCUCAAGGAGUUUAGGAGCGCACAGAAACGGCAGUUGGACGGCGAUGGAACCACAAACCAAAAUAGCUCCUUAGCCAACGGGCAGCUAAAUGGAUCCGGGUCAUUGGGAGGCCGCAAAGAUGGCGGCUCUUUGCACGCGUCCAGCCUGGACGAGAACACCGAGUUCUGCGAGGACAGUCCCACUAAGAAAAGACCUCGACUGCAGGCUCAGAGGAAGUUCGCUCAGUCGCAGCCCAACUCGCCCAGCACCACUCCCAUAAAGGUGGCCGAACCCAGUGGCGGUGGCGGCUUAAAUGGCGGACAGACCACCUUGCCCUCGUCCUCUUCCUUCUCGUCGCUUGUCACCUCCACUUCCUCCUCCUUGUUCUCCUCCAUCCAGGACCUGUCAAGACGCAAACCCAAGACGGAGGACUUCCUCACCUUCCUCUGCCUCAGAGGCUCGCCCGCCCUGCCCAACAACAUGUCCUAUUUUGGCAGCUCCCAGGAGGAGGAAGACCUGGGGGAGGACGAGGAGGAAGAGGAGGAGGACGUGAGGAACGGCGGUGGAGCCAUUCACUCGCACGGCGCUUAUUCGCAAGCGUCCGCCUCUUCCUCGUCCUGCCACUCUACCCCACGCAAGGGGAAACCUCCCACCAGACUCAACGGGCACGUGUUUAACAACCACGGCAAAGCAUCAACGAGAGAGAGCCCGAGGCCCAAGGCGCCGCCUCCACCUCCACCACCCCUCCUGAGAGAGCGCAGCGAGCGUGCCGAGGCGAGGGAGCACGUGAGGAUGCUGCAGGCAAUGGCCAGCGCUCGCGAGGCCACCCACGGGCUGUCGACAAGGAGAGCCACAGAGGAGCUACGCAAGCAGGUCUCCAGAGUGAACGGGAUCACCAGGCUGAGCGCCAUGCAAGCUGCCAGCGGCACCAAGAGGGGUCGCGACUUCCGCCUGCCGUCCAAAACUGUGAAGAAGUACACAGCCACCGUGUCCAAAGGUCACGUCACCUACACCAAAGCCAAGCAGAGAGAACUGGGCAAGAAAACCAAACUCAGCAGCAGCAGCAAACACAACAACGCCUCGGCGUCAGCGAACAAUCACAAUCAGCACAGCCAGCCAGCAGCCAGCAACGGGCUGACCCACUCAGGAAAAGCAGCGGCGUCAUCGUCAGCCUAUCACAGCAAUGCAAAAACACGCAAACAGGUGCUACUAUCAUCCAACAGGCUGCAUAGGGGCACACGCCUCAACGGCAGGCUAAACGGGCAAAGACAUAACACCGCGGCCAAGGAGGACUGCCAGAGACGAUGCUUGCAGGACGACUUCCAAGGGCGAGAGGGGCUGCGGAACUCCAAGCGGCGUCUGGAGGUUGUCCUCCACCAGGUCGGUGAGCAAAAGCCUAAAACUGCAGAGCCCAAGAAGGCCAAGCUUCAGGGCACACCCCUGGAGACCCGCAGCAGCAAAAAGGCAGCUGCCCCCAUGCAGAUCGCCACCACUCCGCUUUCUAACGGACAUGUUUUUGAACCGCCCCCUACUCCCGAAACGUCUCCACCCGCAUUACCGUCCUCAACGCCCCUCGCUCAACAAUCUUCUUCCACACCAGCAGCCACCGCUGUAGAGUCAUUGAACCAGCGGCCCAAGCGAGCAUCGGCCGGCAAGCUGAUGUUGAUCCGCCAAGCACAGCAGCAACUGAGCAGGUCUCGCGGCGCUGCCUCCUCCUCGCCGUCGUCGGGCCACAAUCACUCCCACAGCCCUGGUCGCGCCGCCACUACCUCAGACCCCCGGCAAAACUCCGCCUCCUCACUGCUUGCAGGCAACCCCGGACAGCUUAGGCCGGCGGUGCCGCGGCCGGCCGACCGCGACAAGGAGUGGGAACGUGAGAAGGAGCUGGCGAGGCAAAAGGAGCGCGAGCAGGAGAGGGAGUGUGAGCGACAGCGGAGCAGGCCCGACGGCUGGGGGGUACUGGGCGAGGUGCCCGUCUUUUUGCCGGUGCCGCGUGAGUUCCAGGACCCGCUGGUGUAUUUAGACACCGUGCGGGAGCAGGCCGAGGAUGCCGGCAUGUGCCGCGUGGUGCCGCCAGCUGACUGGCGGCCUGAGUGCAAGCUGAGCGAGGAAAUGCGCUUUGUGACCACAGUGCAGAGGGUUCACAUGCUGGGGCGGCGCUGGGGGCCCAACGUGCAGCGCCUGGCCUGCAUUCGAAAGCACCUCAAAUCUCAGGGCAUUACCAUGGACGACACGCCUGUCAUUGGUGGUUGUGAAGUGGACCUGGCGCGCUUUUUCCACCUGAUCAAUGACAUGGGCGGCAUGCAACAGGUGAUGGACCUGAAGAAGUGGACCAAGCUGGCCGACCUCCUCCGCAUCCCCAAGUCAGCGCAGGACCGCCUGGCUAAGCUGCAGGAGGCGUACCUGCAGUACCUCAUCUCCUACGACUCGCUGGGCGCCGAGGAGCGCCUCCGGCUGCAAGCGGAGGUGCUGCAGGAGAAGAGGCGGCUGGAGUCUCGCCGCGGGCCUCUGGAGGCCCUCUCGGACCCCGCGGCGCCCGGCGCGCUGGCGUUGCCGCGCUACGAGCCCAAGAACGGGCUGGUGGGCGGCGGCGGGUUGGCGGCGGCGUGUCACCAGCGCACUAACGGCGUGUAUCAACAUCUGAAAGAGCUGGAGGCUCAGGUCAAAGCAGGCCGACGCCGGCUCUUCGCUCAGGAAAAACGCAGCAGAGAGGACAGGGAGGAAGAGGAGAAGGACAACAAUGGUGUCCUCAGUGAGCAGCACAAGUGUAUUUACAAGGGGAAGUCCGUGUCGCUGACCAACUUCUUCAGGAUAGCACGCAACACCAUGACCAUGUGCUUCAACAAGGAGCCCGCUGCUACUGAAGUGGAGCAAGAGUACUGGCGCAUCGUGGAGCAGAGGGACGGCCACGUGGCAGUGCAUUGUGGGAAGGUGGACACUAGCACGCACGGAAGUGGAUUCCCCACCGGGAAGUCUGAACCUUUUUCAAAACACGGAUGGAACCUCACUGUCCUCCCCAAUAACUCUGGAUCCAUCCUGAGGCACCUCGGUGCCGUGCCCGGGGUAACUAUUCCCUGGCUUAACGUUGGUAUGGUCUUUUCUACCUCAUGUUGGUCUCGAGACCAAAAUCGCCUUCCAUAUAUCGAUUACCUACACACUGGUGCUGAUUGCAUUUGGUAUUCUGUCCCUGCUGAGGAGAAGUCCAAGCUGGACAAGGUGGUCCAUACACUGCUGCAGGCUAACGGGACCCCAGGACUAGAAAUGUUGGAGAAGAACAUCAUGAUUUCUCCAGAGGUGCUGUGCCGCGAGGGCAUCAAGGUUCACCGCACGGUCCAGCGUAGCGGCCAGUUUGUGGUCUGCUUCCCUGGCGCCUUCGUGUCCAAAGUGUGCUGCGGUUACAGCGUGUCUGAGACGGUGCACUUUGCCACACCACACUGGAUGAACCUGGGAUACCAGGCGGCAAAGGACCUGAAGUGUCGCCGCAUAGCCAAACCUUUUUCCAUGGAGAAGCUGCUCUACCAGAUCGCCACGGCCGAGUCCAAGCGGGACAACGGCCUCCUCCUCACCACCAUCUCCGCCCUUCUCAGAGACCUCAGGAACAUAGAGAUGCACCAGCGGCAGGAACUUUACAAGGCGGGCCUCCUCUCUACAGCCCGCUACGGCGCCCACGAUGGCGGCGAGGGGCGCAAGAAGCCUCGCGGUAAGUGGAUAGCGCUGGAGUCUUCGGAGAGACGCUGCCAGAUCUGCCAGGACCUCUGCUACUUGUCCAUGGUGGUCCAGGAAACCGACAACGUGGUCUUCUGUCUGGAGUGUGCACUGCGCUACGUGGAGAAACACAAGUCUUGCAGAGGCCUCAAGAUGAUGUAUCGCUAUGACGAGGAGCAAAUCAACAACCUGGUGAACCAGGUGUGUGGGCGGGCCAUGUUGAAGGGCGGCGGUGGGGGCGGAGUCAUCAUGGGAACAGUAGGGGGCGAGGCCUGCAUCAGCAUCAGCCCAUCAGCCAAAGCCUCGCCGGCCAGGCGGGCAGCCCGUAAACGCGGCACCAUGGAGGUGUCGCUGGCACGCCUGUCCUCCACUCACAUGCCCAAGGCCGCCACUGUCUCCUGAAACCCCCCCAUAGCAGCCCCCCCCCCCCCCCCCCCCCCGACACAGAAUAACUCACCCAAAAUAUUGAUCGUAUGACCAUAUAAGGAGCAAAGCAAGAUGUGGUUUUGCACUAGUGUGAAAGAGUUUUCACUUUUUUUUUCUUUUAAAUUGACCCCCGCUACUUUUUGUCCCCCCCCCCCCCCCCCCCCCCCACACACACACCCAACUGAUAUGGUGAAAAUAAAUAUUUCUAAUUAGAUUUUUUUGUCCCCAACAGAAAAACGUGACAUAAGUCCUUACCCAAGGUUUGUUUUUAGAAUCUGUUUUUUUGAUGCGUUAUCACUUUGACACCAGAGGGGGCGCUGUAGUAGCCAUGCCAGUUGAAACAAAACUUUCAUUACUGUUGGUGGUUUUUCCUCAUUCAUCUUCAUCUCUUUUUUUUUUUUUUUUUUGGAACAUGUUUAGCUUCCUUUUCCACUUGAUAUUAAUGUUCUUUUAAGCAAGUUGGGGGGUUAGCGGCCACUUGACUUCCUGGUGGACGGUGCAGAUCCACCAUAGUUGUUACUGUGCAAGCUCACUUCUCUUCAAACAACAAUGUGGAGCCAGUUAACCAUUUAGCAUUAGCCGCCAGCUCAAGCUUGCCCCGCAACCCUUUUUUUUUUUCAUAAUCUUUUUCUGGUUGGAGAAGUGCAAUCGUGUUAACAUUCCAUUCUUCCAGUCCUCUUGUUUCACCCGUCAACAUUAAUAUUAUUAUUAUUAUGAAGUGUGUUUUUUUUUUUUAACUUUAUUAAGUAGAGCCACUAGUUUAAAAUGUGAACUUUGUUUUAUUACUUUGGGUUUUUUCUUCUUUUCUUCUAGAAACAAAACUUUGUACAUAAUUCUGUAAAUUUCUCUACAUACUUGAGCCUUUCGGUGGGUGGGCGGGGGGGUUUAGGAAAGAGGAAGAUAGUGAUGAUGAUGAUGAUGAUGAAGAAAAAGCCUUACAUUUUCCCUUUCUUCAUCCGUGUGACGCUGACAGGGUCGCUCCGGUGUACAGAAAUAAAACGUUUAAGUGCUGCUUAUAUCAAUAAUAAGAAAUAAGACGACUGCCACCCCCCCCCAAUUUUUCUUUGUUAGCUUUACUUUUGUCAAGAAAAGGGAAAAGGAGGAGGAAAAAGAGGCUGAGAAGGUGGUGUUGCACUGAGCUUGCUGGUGUUUGAUUGUCCAGGACAAAUCCUCCAAAACCCACUUUGUCAGCGCGCGCAGACUGAAACUCUUUGGGGACUAUUUAAGGAGACGCACACGUCGGCCAUUUUCAACGUGACACAAAAAAGUGGUCGACUUUUUAAUGGCCUUAACGUUUUCUUGUGUUCUUCUUCUUAUCCGGCUGCUUUUUGUUUUCCCGUUCCUUUUUCUACCAAGUGCUCGCUGACAAGUGAGUCUCUUAAUUUAUUGGUGCCGCCUCCCGCAAAGAGUCUCUUGUUGGUUACACACUUUUUUACUAUUUUGCAGUUUGUACUUUUAAGGUUGAAAAAAAUAAAAACUUGCCGACAAUUCACUGUCAACAUUUUGCAAGCUG